AUGUGUCAUCCCAAUGAGAGAGGACAUCGCUCUUACCUGCUUAUUUUAACACUUUCUGUCAACCUCUACCUCGGCACUGCCUUGUCGCUUCCCUUCACAGCUGCUCCAAUCUUUAAGGAUACACCUUUUGCAGUCAUAUGGAAUGCACCUACGCAUGUGUGCCAAAACCUCGAGAUUCCAUUGGACUUUUCUAGUUUUCAAGCAGUGACCACACCAGCCAAUAAACCUAAUCAGUUUCUUUUCCUCUUCUAUUCCAAUCGGCUUGGACUAUAUCCAUACACAGAGCCUAGUUCAGGGAGGCAGUUUAAUGGUGGCAUUCCACAAAAAGGAAACCUGACAGCCAGUCUUGUGAAAGCCUAUUAUGAUAUCAUCCAGGAUAUUCCUGAUAUCACCCCAGGAUUGUCUGUGAUUGACUGGGAGCAAUGGCGGCCACUGUGGGCCAGGAAUUGGGAUUCCAAAAAUAUUUAUCGGAAGCUUUCCAUUCAGUAUGCAGAGGAAACUAAUCCACUUCUGUCCUCCAGUGAGGCUGCUUCUGUUGCUAUGCAGCAAUUUCAGAAUGCAGCUCAGGCGUACAUGGAGAAAACCAUGCAGCUGGGAAUCAAACUGCGUCCAAAUUACCUCUGGGGCUUCUACCUAUUUCCAGAUUGCUACAACUAUGGUUGGGAUGAACCAGGCUACACAGGUGAUUGCCCGGCGAUUGAGAAAAGCCGCAACAACGAGCUCCUUUGGCUGUGGGAGUCCAGUACAGCUUUAUAUCCCUCAGCAUAUUUGAAGGUUGGCUUGAGGGAACAACCUGAAGCAGCUCUGUUUGUCCGGGGUAUUGUAAAUGAAGCUGUGAGGGUGUCUGCUCUUCCAAAGUCUCUCUACACUGCACCAAUUUAUGUUUACUUACGUCCUGUCUUCCGUGAUCAGAACAAAAUAUUUCUGAGUGAGGCAGAUCUAGUCCAUACUAUUGGAGAGAGCGCAGCUUUAGGUGCAUCAGGUGCAGUGCUCUGGGGUGCAAGUGCUGACUACAACAGCAAUUCCUCAUGCGAAGCACUGGCUGCUUAUCUGCCCUCUACGCUGAACCCUUAUGUGGCCAACGUAACUGCAGCUGCAAAACUCUGCAGUCAGACCCUGUGCCAAAGCAACGGUCGCUGUGUUCGCCAGAACCCCGAUUCAGCUGACUACCUGUACCUGAACCCAAAUAACUUCAGCAUUCAACAGCGUGAUGGCAAAUAUGUGGCUGUUGGUGUGCCUUCCCAAAGUGAUCUUAAUGUCUUUGUAAACAGAUUUACCUGUCAGUGUUAUGUCGGUCAAGUGUGUUCUGCCAGUACAUCCAUUUCAGUGCCUAAGACUCCAGUAGUUAUUCAAGUGUGAUUUUAAGUCUUCUUGCUACCUGGAUACCUUACUGUAAAAUUAUGCUACAA